AUGACAACGCCCACCCAGUACACGUUCACCUCCUCGAGGUCGCUGAGAGCCCUCUCUUUCAGUAUCCACGUGACUGGCCUCAUGUUUUUUGCUGCCUCUUUUUGGUGGCUCCCAAACAUCACGAACCCUCUGCACAAUGGAUUUGGGGGCUCUUACCAGUUCUUAACCAUCAUUGCCCUCACCAUAUCAACGAUCACAUUUGGAGUCGGCUUCUUGGCUAACUUGAGUCUCUUUGCCGAUCUUUCUCUCGGCCAACAGCUCUUUGCAGUCAAGAACUGGCUCUCAAUAUGUGCAACUCCUCUUGAGGUUCUUGUCACUAUCCUAUACUGGACUCUUCGCACCAUUGACAAGAAGCUUGUGGUUCCUCCUGACCAUGAAGUCCCGUUCAUUCCAGACUUUGGUUUCCAUGCUAUUCCCGCUCUCAUGCUGACUCUGGACUUGAUGGCCUUGAGUCCUCCGUGGUCAAUGAAAAUCUUGAACGUGGUGUUGCUUGAUUUGGUUCUGACUUUUUCGUAUUGGAGCUGGAUUGAGUAUUGUUUUUCUGUAAAUGGAUGGUACCCUUACCCGCUCCUGGGGUCACUUUCCGUCUCGCAAAAGCUGCUUCUUUCCAUUGUCUCAGCUGCCCUGAUGACGGGUAGUACCAUGGUGUUGGAGUCGGUGCAUGAACGAGUUGAUCAAUUGAUUUGGAGAAACACUGACAUCAAGAGCAAUUGA